CCAUAUGCCAUGGGACGCCUCCCGUCGUAUCAAGUCCUUCAGAUCUUGCCAUGUAUACUUCUUCGGAAGCUUCGCGAGGCGUUUCAGUAGGUAUCGACAUCCAGAUGUUCGGUUACUCACGCCUUCGAUGCAGAACAAGUACGACCCGAUACUGCUAGAACGAGAACUUCCCGCCAUUGACUUUGAAGCUCAAAACCCCCAAAAAGCAAGCAGCAACGCAGAGAACCGUACCCGAUCAGAUCAUGCCACUUAGGAGAAGGAAGGAACACAGCGAAAGUCAGAUACCCACUGAUGCUGCGCCGGAAGGAUAUACAUAUAAGUACCCGGGUUAAAGGGCUAAUCUGGCAUGU